CUCAACAGGAUCCACAUUUUAAAAUAGGACUCUCAAUAAAAACACUGCACUGAUCAUGAUUCACUCAGCUUUGGUAGAGUGGUGUAUAUAAGAAAAGAAAGCAUCCAUCCAUCUCAUUCACCAAAGCCUGACCUGAUAGGACCUUCAACCUGCUGCAGAGAUGAUGUGUAACCUGCUCCUGUCCUGCUCUGUCCUCCUGCUCUCCUGUACUCAUCUGGUAGCACAUCCUGUUACGGACACAGCUGACAUGACUUACAGCGGCCCUGAUUCAGUGGAAGAGGCCGGAGGCGUCAGUCCAGAUGAUUUCGCUGUCUCUGAUCUCAAUGAUCUCCUGCAGAGGGCGGCAGUCGUAGAAUAUUCCCCGCUGCUCACCCGAGAGAAUAUCAAAGUGCCUGGGCAGAUUCCUAAAGAGGCUCUUAGAGAGGUAAUGUUAGAAAAACCGUAUCGCCUCAUUCCUCCCAGCGGUCUGUGGGGCAGCAGGAGACAGUUCAGGAAGAGAGGCGGCGGUGCAGAUUGCUUCUGGAAAUACUGUGUUUGAGGCAUUCGUGACAUACAGAACUGAGUCACAGGGCUUUUAUAGCUAUUUCUACCAGUAUGGACACUCUCUUUCACACACACCCACACAAUAAUACACACAAUACAAAAGGAAAAAUAUACAGGACACAUUUAUAAAAACUAUUGUGCAAAACAGUUGCUUCACAGAGAGACUGACGUAAACCACUAAAAUAAAAUAUCUUUUUUUCAACAUAUCAUCAGCAUUUAUGUGUCUGUAAAUUUUGAAUGACAUAAUUCUGGAAUAUUUUAAAUAAGUCUUUAUAGAAGAGACCACAAUAGCUGUACUGUAUAAGACAUAUAACUGUAAACUAUAAAUCAAUGCAAAAAUAAACUAAUAAAAAAAAAAGAAAUAAAAAGCCUCCA